AUUGUCAAUUGAAUUUGUAAGAAUUGUAAGCUCUGCCGCGCAUUGUUAUCAGAAAAACUAAAAUAAUAUCUAAGGAUACUUGAUUUUAUACCUAUACAAGUACUCUGAUUAGUGUUUUCGCAUCCCCGUAUAAGGUAGAAGCCAUCGCUGACAUUUCGUAGCAGUCCUCUGCAUGUUUUCAUGCUCAGAUAACAACAGGCUCAAAAAUAAUAUUUCAAACCGUAGUUGCUCAUCGUCCUUUUUUUUAAAGCCCUGAAUUAAAUUUUUACCGAUGAGUCAUCCAUAAAUGUCGAAGUUGCGAAGCCUGUUCCGCCUGAAGUCGAAGUAUUUUCUGCGGAACCGUACCAAUAACUUUAGCCAGAUGAGUGCCGAAGGAUCCACACUGCCGGGUCGUAAGUCGCCGGUAGAAGCUCUAAAAGAUCUUGGAUAUGCUUUUAAUUCAAAAGGGGAGCUCAGAAAGUUUGUAGAUGAUGUUCCCGGGGAUGAGCCGUUUGAGUUUAACGUGAGUGAGUUGCAGCAGGAGUGCCAGGUGCAUUACGAGAAUGUUGGCAUGGUCAUCACCGACUAUAUCUACCACUUGUUGGAAACACAGGAGAAUAUGUCAAGACUCCCUGUCCCUUCUGAUAGUAAGGCAGGAAAUGGUACCUUCAUAUUUGCCACUAAAGAAUAUGAGACAAAAGAUAUCCUGCUCCUGCUCAUACAUGGCUCGGGAGCCGUACGUGCUGGCCAAUGGGCGCGCUCCCUCAUCAUCAACGAAAAUCUCGACAAAGGUACACAGAUACCAUAUAUAAAACAAGCAGUGGCUAAAGACUAUGGCGUCCUAGUGCUAAAUGGUAAUGAUAAUUACCUAUCAAACGGUAAUAAAAUACCAAAAAGCGGUACACCAGAAGAACACGCUCAGUACGUGUGGGACAAAUACGUUGCCAACGCCAGAGCCUCAUCCAUUCUCAUUGUGGCUCACAGUUACGGAGGCGUGGUGACAAUGAACCUGGCUAUUAAGAAGAAGAAUGACUUUAUGAAGAGAGUAAAGGCUAUAGCUAUGACUGACUCCGUCCAUGGGUUCUCUAGUAAAAGCAUACCGGACUAUGUUACACAGACUGCAACAAAUUGGAUUGCAUCAAACAAACCUUUGGAUACGCCCGUUCCCACCAGAAAGGGAGAAAUACCGAUGGUUUCGGCUGGUCAUCCAAAACACGAGAUGACGUCAUAUUCAUGUAUGGAUUCAGUGUUUAAAUUUUUUGAAGAAAAACUGGCGAAGAACUGAAUAUUUUUAAACUGUACAAUACUUAUAGCUAUACAAUUAAUGAAAUUUAUGUGGCAAAAAUAAGUGUUCUUGUCUUUUAUGAAUCUGCUGCACAAAGAUCUUUCAUAACAUUUUGUAUGUGAAUUAGGAUAAGGAUUUUAUCAAUGAAUACAACUGUGUAACAGUAUCAAUUUAUACAUAUAAUAUAUGUUUUACUUAAAA